GGGGGCGUUGCCAGCCAUGCCAAUCCGCGCUUCACCUCCAUAGCACCUGGCAUCCGUGGGUAAAGCGCGCCCCCAGCCCCGCCCGAGGCCGGGAUCUCACUCCCACCUUCAGCGGGCGGCGCUCCCCCAAACCAGCGGCCUGCAGGCGCCAGGGCCCCAGAGGAGCCGGCAGGGGCGUGCUCGCUCCCGCCGCCUCCCAUUGUCUGCCGCGGGCGGAGGGCUCCCAGGGGCGGGGCCGGGGCGGCGCAGGGACGGCGGGAGGGAGGUGCGGGAGCGCGGGGGGCGGGGGGCGAUGCUGAGUCUUCUGGGGCCGAGGAGGCGGCCGCGGCUGGAGAGCGGACGAGCUGGCGAGCGGGCGGGCGGCGGGAGGGAAGGCAGCCGGGGACCGCAGCAGGCCGGGCCGGGCGCUCGCUGCGCUGCGCUGCCCUCGGCUCCGACAGCCUCUCUCAUGCGCUGAGGGUGCCCGGCUGGGCCGGGCCGGCGGCCGGAGGAGAGGCUCCUCUCCAUGGUCCAGAAGACCAGCAUGUCCCGGGGUUCCUACCCACCCUCCCAGGAGAUCCCCAUGGAGGUCUUUGAUCCCAGCCCACAGGGCAAAUAUAGCAAGAGGAAAGGGCGGUUCAAACGGUCAGAUGGGAGCACAUCCUCGGAUACAACAUCCAACAGCUUUGUCCGACAGGGCUCAGCAGAGUCCUACACCAGCCGUCCAUCGGACUCUGACGUGUCUCUGGAGGAGGAUCGGGAAGCCUUAAGGAAGGAGGCAGAGCGCCAGGCACUAGCCCAGCUUGAGAAAGCCAAGACUAAGCCAGUGGCAUUUGCUGUGAGGACAAAUGUCGGCUAUAACCCGUCUCCAGCAGAUGAGGUACCUGUGCAAGGGGUGGCCAUCACCUUUGAGCCCAAGGACUUCCUGCACAUCAAAGAGAAAUACAAUAAUGACUGGUGGAUCGGGCGACUGGUGAAGGAGGGCUGUGAGGUUGGCUUCAUCCCCAGCCCUGUCAAACUGGACAGCCUCCGCCUGCUGCAGGAGCAGAAGCUGCGCCAGAACCGCCUCAGCUCCAGCAAAUCAGGUGACAACUCCAGCUCCAGCCUGGGAGACGUGGUGACUGGCACCCGCCGCCCCACACCCCCUGCCAGUGGUAACGAAAUGACUAACUUAGCAUUUGAACUAGACCCCUUAGAUUUAGAGGAUGAGGAGGCCGAGCUUGCUGAGCAGAGUGGCUCUGCCAAAACUAGUGUUAGCAGUGUCACCACCCCACCACCCCAUGGCAAACGCAUCCCCUUCUUCAAGAAGACAGAGCACGUGCCCCCCUAUGACGUGGUGCCUUCCAUGAGGCCCAUCAUCCUGGUGGGACCAUCACUCAAGGGCUAUGAGGUUACAGACAUGAUGCAGAAAGCUUUAUUUGACUUCUUGAAACAUCGAUUUGAUGGCAGGAUCUCCAUCACACGUGUGACGGCAGACAUUUCCCUGGCUAAGCGCUCGGUCCUCAACAACCCCAGCAAACACAUCAUCAUUGAACGCUCUAACACCCGCUCCAGCCUGGCUGAGGUUCAGAGUGAGAUUGAGCGAAUCUUUGAGCUGGCACGGACCCUUCAGUUGGUCGCUCUGGACGCUGAUACCAUCAACCACCCGGCCCAGCUCUCCAAGACUUCUCUGGCUCCCAUCAUUGUUUACAUCAAGAUCACCUCUCCCAAGGUUCUUCAGAGACUCAUCAAGUCUCGAGGAAAGUCUCAGUCCAAACACCUCAAUGUCCAGAUAGCUGCCUCGGAGAAGCUGGCGCAGUGUCCCCCCGAAAUGUUUGACAUCAUCCUGGAUGAAAACCAGUUGGAAGAUGCCUGUGAGCACUUGGCGGAGUACUUAGAAGCCUAUUGGAAGGCUACACAUCCGCCCAGCAGCACCCCACCUAAUCCGCUACUGAACCGUACCAUGGCCUCUGCCGCCUUGUCUGCUAGUCCUGCCCCUGUCUCCAACCUCCAGGGACCCUACCUUGCUUCCGGGGACCAGUCGCUGGAACGGGCCACCGGGGAGCACGCCAGUGUGCACGAGUACCCGGGGGAACUGGGCCAGUCCCCAGGCCUUUACCCCAGCGGCCACCCACCAGGCCGGGCAGGCACCCUGCGGGCACUGUCCCGCCAAGACACGUUUGAUGCUGACACCCCUGGCAACCGAAACUCUGCCUACACGGAGCUGGGAGACUCGUGUGUGGACAUGGAGACUGACCCCUCAGAGGGGCCGGGGCUUGGAGACCCUGCAGGGGGCAGCACCCCACCAGCCCGGCAGGGAUCCUGGGAGGAUGAAGAAGACUAUGAAGAGGAGCUCACUGACAACCGGAACCGUGGCCGGAAUAAGGCCCGCUACUGCGCAGAGGGUGGGGGACCAGUUCUGGGGCGCAACAAGAAUGAGCUGGAGGGCUGGGGGCGAGGUGUCUACAUCCGCUGAGAGCUGGGGUCACUGCGUGGGAGAAAGGACUCCAGCCCACCGGGAAGGGAGGGGAAGGGCAAGGGCGGCGGGAAGGGCCAGAGGGACUCACCUCCUUGGACGUGGCUUGCCUCCAGGGGGCACUGUUCUCCUUUCAGAUGCCUUUGCUCAAAUGUUUGGGGUUUCUUUCCUGGUAGGAUCCCAGCUCCUGGGAGUCCUUCAAAUCCCAGCUAUAGGUUUUUACCUACCUGCUGUGGAUGAAUAGGGGGGUGGGGGUGCCCACUUAUCUGCAGUGUCCUCCUUUCCCCCACCUCAGGGGGCUCUCUCCCAGAGAAAAGGUGCACUUCCUUAACUCUUUUUACUCCGCACUCUAAAUGAGGGUCCUAAGUGGGGUGACCCCCUUCCCCACCCCCAACCUGGAGUAAUUUGGGAAGAGUAAGAAGCUUUUUCUAGAGAAAGAGACUACAGCAUCUUUCACGUGAGGGCUUUUUCCUGAACUCCACAUCCGGGGGCCUUCACCAUGCCUCUCCCCCUCCCGCCAGCUUCCUGGCAGCAUUGUCAGAUGGGUGGAAAGUACAGUAUGGAAGCCCUCUGAGGAGCUUGUGUUGGGGAAGGGUGUGUCUACCCUGGACCUUGGAUUCUGAGGAAUGGGCACCCUGACAUGCUGCUACCCACCACCCACCGCUUCCAUGCCUCAGCCUCCCCCAGGAAUGAGCUUUGCCUACAACAUCCCUUGCUUGCUGCCAUCAGAAGAGGGGGCCCCUCUGUGUUUGAGCCCCCCCCCCCAUCUUUUGUCACCUGGGUAUGGGACCCAUGGAACAUUACGGUCCACCUCAUUUUGAAACCAAAAAAAACUGCUUCCUCUCACCCUGAGAUCCCAGGGGAGAGGCCCUGUGGGCUAGUGCCCAAGAGGUGGUCACUGUCUGGAGGGGUGGGGUGUGUGCCUCGGGACCUUGGGUCUCUCCUGGGGGGGGGGGGGGGGGGCUUGGCUGCUGCUGCUGCUACUCUGUAUUUGCCUCUUGUGAUCCUGUCCUUUACCUAUGUCCACUUCCCCCAGGGGUGGCCUUGGUCCUCCUGCCCUCUGGUGUCCCUUUGCCUAGCCCCCUAUAGCCCAGCAGCCCUGCCCUCCCCAGCAUCCCAGCUGGGCCAGAGAGAGCCAACUGUGCCAACGAGGACUGGGCCCUGCCCGGCUGCCCACCUCAGGGAUGGGCACCUCAUGCCUGUCUCGCCACCUCCUGUGCCAAUGUUGACCCACCCCUCACCUGGGGGGCGGGGUGCAGCUUCCACUUACUGGUUAGAUGACACCACUGCCCAAUCUUUAUCCCUUUUCUGUUGGUGUCCUGUGCUCUGUCUAUCUGUUCGUCCGUACAGCCCUAGAAGUAUUUUGCCACAUAUAAAACCGCCGUCCUGUCCUUUG